AUGGAGAACGGCAGCUACAGGCCAUCCAAUGACCACCCUUCGCCCACCAAGAAGCGCAAGCUCGACUCGCACUCUGCCUUACUCGACAUCGACGCAGCAGCACACAGCGCGUUCAGUGCGCAUGCGACUGCUCAGACACCAGUGCAGCUGUCGAACUUGCCGGCUCCCGUCGCGCUCUUCGCGCUCGCGACGUCCCUCCGCGCCUCAGCGGCUUCUCUUCUCCCACACCUCUCGAAACGCCCUUCCUCCUCGUCCGCCUCUUCCCAAGCCCGCUACACAGCCACGUGGUCCGCCUACGUCCACUACACGACCUCUGCCAUCGUCCUCCUCCGAGCGGCGGUGACGUUGACGGCCGGAGCGAGCGAAUGGAGCGGAGGGAGGGUCGAGUUGAGGGCUAAUGCCAUGCUCGCUGAGACGCUCGUUGAUACGUAUGAGGGAUCGGGGAACGAGAAGCAGGUUGCUUCGGAGGCGGAGAAGGCGAUCACGAGGGCGCUCGCCAUCUCCGAGAGCCACCCCUCGCUCAAGCCUUUCACCCUUCCCCUCACGCUUCUCCACCUGCGCCUCGCCAUCCUCACCGGCAAGCCCUCCAAGUACAUCCGCACGAACCUUCGCCGCCUCUUGUCCACCCUGCCCGCCCUCUCGCCUACGUCGCCCGCCUCUACCGCCGCAGCUCACUAUGCCCUCCAGUCCUUCGUCGUCAACCUCCCGACAGCCGGUAUCGAUGCCGUAGUCUCAACGAACACGACCGCGACAUGGCAAGAGAAGGUUCAAGCCUGGCAGAGCGUGCAAGAGCUCGCCACCCAACGCGGCGACAACUCGAUCCGCGUCCUCGCGCUCCUCGCCGAAGCGCAACUCCUCCUCGUCCACUCUCCAUCCGACUACUCCCGCGCCGGCUCGAUCCUUUCGUCCCUCUUCUCCACGCUCGGAGGCGACUCCGACUCCUCGACGGAGCAAUGGCCACGUACAGUCAAGGUCCUGUACCGUCUCUUGUACUGCUUGUGGAAGAGCCAGAUGGGUGAGGCGAAGGAGGCGAAGGAGGUUUUGAAGAGCACGCAUAAGUUGUUGGAUGCGCAGGUGGAACAGGCGGAGAUGGAGAGCGAUGCGGUGCAGACUGCUUUCUCAACAAACGGCGAUGAAUCUGCCAGCUCGAUGGCCUUUCGCAUCCCGCCUCAUCCGACGCUGUAUACCUUUGCGUUUCUCGCCAGUGCGGCCAUCCACCUCGACCCGCUCGGCAAAUCGCCUCGUUCCGGGCUUUUCGCGGAAGAAGGUGUGCGGAUUGCACAGAGCAAGCUCGGAGCGCGCGAAGCCACUCAGCCAGUCACCUCGCUCGCCUUCGCUUCGCAGAGCCUUCACGCCGUCGCCUCGCUCCAAGUCCACUUCCACCUCCUCCUCGCCUCCCUCGGCACCAUGCGCUCGUCCUACACCGCCGCCGAGACGCACCUCACUUCCGCACUCUCGACUUUGCGCGCCUACAACCCUUCGAGCUGGACGACCUCCGAGGCGGCGCUCAAGAUCGUCUUUGGGUGGGCGCAGGUGCGGCUUGCGCGUGCUGCGAAGGGAGGAGAGGACGAGAAAGAGGCCGAAGAGGCGCUUGAGGCGGUCCUCUUUGCGUGCGAGAAGCGCAGGAAGGAGGGGAAGGAGGGAGGGAUCGCCGAGCACCUCAAGACUGUCGCUAUGCUUUCGCUCCUCCUCCUUCGCUUGUCCAAUCCUACUCCUUCGGCGCCAGUGACAACUCCGACCGACACCCUCAUCCGCGCACUCACCGCCUCCGAACCAUCCUCCACCUCCUCCGCCCAGUCCCGCCUGAUUCACUCGCUCACUCAAGCACUCACAGUUCCCUCCAUCACCGCGUCAAAGGCGGCACUCUCGGCUGCUCUGGCACUGGCGAACCAGAUGCAGGCGAAUCAUGUCAGGGUCGGCGUGUUGGCGUUGUUGGCGAAUGUAUUCCUCUGGACGAGGGAGGGAGAGGCGCAGAAGAUGCUCAUCUCAGCUCUCAAGCUCGCGCAAUCGAUGGGCUCGGCGACCAACCGCUCAUACACCUUUCCCGAUGCGCCCGGCUCGCCGCCCGUCGUCGUGGGGAACGCCCGGCUUGGGUUGUGGUUGGGCGAGAGGUUGCUUGAAAGCUACCGCUCCGACUCGUCGCUCCAGAAGACGGACGAAGGGCGGCAGAAGCUCGUCGCGCAGGAACGGGUCAACGAGGCGUGCCGCAAGAUGCUUGAGCGGGACGAGGCGGCGGCUGCGCAGGAGCGCGUUGUCAAGAUGGAGGCGUAG